CGCCUGGGGGGAGCUGCUGACCUGCCCCGCGAGCCCGUGUCCUACACGCACCGCCGCCAUGGCUACGAAGGACCCCACGGCUGUGGAGAGAGCCAACCUGUUGAACAUGGCUAAGCUCAGUAUCAAAGCGCUCAUUGAAUCUGCCCUGAGCUCUGGCCGCACGCUGGACUCCGACUAUCCCCCGCUGCAGCAGUUCUUCGUGGUAAUGGAACACUGUCUGAAACAUGGCCUUAAAGUGAGAAAAUCAUUUUUGAGUUAUAACAAAACUAUCUGGGGCCCUCUGGAACUGGUGGAGAAGCUGUACCCAGAAGCCGAGGAGAUUGGAGCGAGUGUCCGGGAUUUGCCUGGCCUUAAGACUCCCCUGGGUCGCGCUAGAGCGUGGCUCCGGUUAGCCCUGAUGCAGAAGAAAAUGGCCGAUUACCUGCGUUGCUUGAUUAUCCAGAGGGAGCUCCUAAGCGAGUUCUAUGAGUACCACGCGCUCAUGAUGGAGGAGGAAGGAGCUGUGAUUGUUGGGCUGCUGGUCGGCCUGAACGUGAUCGACGCCAAUCUGUGUGUGAAGGGGGAGGACCUAGACUCGCAGGUUGGAGUGAUUGACUUCUCAAUGUAUUUAAAGAAUGAAGAAGAGAUCGGAAACAAAGAAAGGAAUGUUCAAAUUGCUGCCAUCUUAGACCAAAAGAAUUAUGUUGAAGAACUAAAUAGACAACUCAACAGCACAGUCAGCAGCCUCCAUUCAAGAGUGGACUCGCUGGAAAAGUCAAACACGAAGCUGAUAGAAGAGCUAGCAAUAGCAAAGAAUAACAUCAUUAAGCUCCAAGAGGAAAACCAUCAGUUACGUAGCGAGAACGAGCUGAUCUUAACGAGAACCCGGCAGCACCUGGAGGUUACCAAAGUGGAUGUGGAAACUGAGCUUCAAACAUACAAGCAUUCCCGGCAAGGUCUGGACGAGAUGUAUAACGACGCCAGGAGGCAGCUCCGAGACGAGUCACAGCUGCGCCAGGAUGCGGAGAAUGAGCUGUCCGUACAGGUUGGCAUGAAGCAUGAGAUUGAGCUUGCCAUGAAGUUGCUGGAGAAGGACAUCCAUGAGAAACAGGACACUCUCAUAGGCCUUCGGCAGCAGCUGGAGGAGGUCAAAGCCAUCAACAUUGAGAUGUAUCAAAAGCUGCAGGGCUCCGAAGAUGGCUUGAAAGAAAAAAAUGAAAUAAUUGCCCGACUAGAAGAAAAGACCAAUAAAAUCACCACGGCCAUGAGGCAGCUGGAGCAAAGAUUGCAGCAAGCAGAGAAGGCACAAAUGGAAGCUGAGGACAAGGAUGAGAAAUAUGCCCAAGAGUGUCUGAGCAAAUCCGACAGUCUGCAGAGACAGAUCUCGCAGAAGGAGCAGCAGCUGGUGCAGCUGGAGACAGACUUGAAGAUUGAGAAGGAAUGGAGGCAGACUUUGCAAGAAGAUCUUCAAAAGGAGAAAGAUGCCCUGUCUCAUCUUAGACAUGAGACCCAGCAAAUCAUUAGUCUUAAAAAAGAGUUUCUUAACCUCCAAGAUGAAAAUCAGCAAUUGAAAAAAAUAUAUCACGAGCAAGAACAAGCUCUGCAAGAACUUGGCAGCAAACUCUGCGAAUCCAAACUUAAAAUAGAUGACAUCAAAGAAGCCAACAAAGCAUUCCAGGGACUGGUCUGGCUGAAAGACAAAGAUGCAACACACUGUAAGCUUUGUGAGAAGGAAUUUUCACUCUCCAAAAGAAAGCACCACUGUAGAAACUGUGGGGAAAUUUUCUGUAAUGCCUGCUCUGACAACGAGCUGCCUUUGCCUUCUUCACCAAAGCCAGUGCGUGUCUGUGAUUCCUGCCAUGCAAUGCUCAUUCAGAGAUGCUCCUCUAACGUGCCGUGACACGGGAAUUCAAUUCU